AUGGACACAAAUACGAACACCUCAGGUUCUGGCUGGACAACUCAAACAAACAAACGUAAUCUAUCCAGUUCAUCAAAUGCAACAUCCAAUCCGUCAUCUCCCACUCCAACUAAUCAGAAAAAAAAAAAUAAAAAAAUCUUCGCCACACCCAACCGCUUUCAAUCACUUUCUCAAGAUGAACCUUCUCAAAAACUGCCAAAUGAGGUCAAUCCUCUGGAUUGUGCUGAAACUGACGAAGUCGAUGAAGUAUUCAAACCCCCUCCUCCAAUCUUUAUUAAAAACGUAAUAGAUUUCCCUGGCCUAUGCUCGGCUCUAAUCGAAGAAAUCGGCGUCGAUAAUUUUAUCUGCAAGUCAUCAAAUGAUAGUUUAAAAAUUCAAACUUCAACCCCUGCGGCAUACAGAGCCCUUGUUCGCUACCUCAAAGCUGAAGAAGCUGAGUUCCAUACGUACCAGUUAAAAGAAGACAAACCACUCAGAGUAGUUAUCCGUAACCUUCACCCCUCCACACCACUAGACCUAAUCAAAGAUGAACUUAAAAUACGUCUAUUUGAAGUAAGACAAGUCACCAACGUCCUACAUAGAGUGAAUAAAAAUCGCCUUCCUCUGUUCUUUGUCGACCUCGAACCAACACAUAGGUCAAAAGAAAUUUUUCAAUUGACUUCCUUUCUCCACACUAAAAUCAAAAUUGAAGAACCGUACAAACCAAAAAUAAUAAGUCAAUGCUAUAACUGUCAACAAUACGGGCACACCAAAGCGUACUGUGGUUAUCAACCCAGAUGCGUUCGAUGCGGAGCCGAUCAUCUGUCACCUGACUGCCCCAAUUCAAGCGACGUCCCUCCAAAAUGCGCCCUCUGCUCUGGCAAUCAUCCUGCUAACUACAGAGGCUGUACAAUUCAUAAGGAUCUUCAACGAAGAAAACGACUCAACUCAACAAGUAAUUUUUUGCAUGUUAAUACCUUUCCUAAACCUAUAAAUGUACAAGGAAGUCACCCAUCUAAAAACAAUUCUGAUAAACAACAACCAACUCAAACACAAACUUACGCUCAGGCCACGUCAAAUACUCCCUUUGAUCACACCUUACCCCCUGCUGGUUCAGAACAUGUCCCAGACAUAAAUAAAAUGUUAACAGGCUUUCUUGCCGACUUUAAAACUAUUAUUAACCCACUUAUGGAAACUCUUGUCAAAGUAAUCUCUAGUCUAUCCAACCUAUUAAAUAAUUAA